AUCAAGAACCGGAACAAACAAACCCCCAAGCAAAUAUUAAGUGGGGUUGUGUCUAAACACCUGUUAUAUGAUGCAGAGGGUAUAUGCAGAGAUUUCGCAAGGGUGUUAAUUUAAUUUAAAACACGAUUUAUGAAAGGGAACGAGAGUAAAGAGUAGCACAUGAGAUGGCAAUUUUAUGUAGGACCUAUUUAUUAGCUAAAUUGUCUAAAGAAACAGGAAUUCCCCUAAACCAAGCAAGAAGAUUUUAACCUUAGUACAGUGUUGGGCAGAUUGUGUACAGUGUACGAUAUUUUAGUAUUCGUUGGUUUUUACCGCGAUUUAAUGUUUUGUUAAAAUAACUAUGAAAGGGCCCUCUGCCGUCUCUUGUCGGAGGAAGAGAGGGGUGACAAGGCUGUUGUGGACACUGUUUGGUGCCUGCCUUGUUGCUACAGUCAUCGGGUACAAACCAGUGGUCAUAGUCCAUGGUUUGUUCGACAGCUCCGGGGUAUUUGURGAGUUGCUUCGCUUCAUCAAUCAGUCUCACCCAGGAACCAAUGUGUCAGUCAUCGACCUGUUUGACCGCAGCUCCAGCUUACAGCCACUAUGGAAACAAGUGGAGGGCUUCAAGGAAGCCAUCUAUCCCAUCAUGCAAAACGCUGCAGAUGGGGUCCACUUCAUCUGCUACUCUCAAGGUGGCCUGAUUUGCAGAGGGAUCCUGUCCACUCUCCCUAAUCACAAUGUCCACUCCUUCAUCUCUUUGUCCUCGCCUCAGGCUGGACAGUAUGGAGACACAGACUACCUAAAGUACCUCUUCCCCCAGUUCAUGAAGUCCAACCUGUUUCAUUUCUGCUACACUGGAGUGGGCCAGAGGAUAUCCAUCUGCAACUACUGGAAAGACCCCCAUCACACGGACAUGUAUGUGAACGGCAGUGAUUAUCUGGCUUUAUUGAACAGUGAGAGGCCAAAUCCCAAUUCAACAGUGUGGAAGAAGAACUUCCUGCGUAUCAAGAAGCUGGUCUUAAUUGGGGGGCCAGACGAUGGAGUCAUCACACCCUGGCAAUCCAGUCAGUUUGGAUUUUACAAUGACAACGAGACUGUCGUUGAGAUAAAGGACCAGGAUCUAUAUUUGAGAGAUGUGUUUGGCCUGAAGACCCUAAACGCUCGUGGGGACCUGUUCCUGUGCUCAAUGGCUGGAGUAGAGCACGUCAAGUGGCACUCCAACGACACGGUGUUCAACACCUGCAUUGAGAAGUGGCUCGUUUAGCGCCGACUACUCCACCAAACGGCAUUACAAGAACAGUCAUAUUUCAUACAAUCUUUACAGUGAAACACACACAGUUUUACCGCUGCAGUGUGAUUCACACAGUGGAAAUAUGCGUUUAACUCUGUCUGCACUACAUUGAACUACUACUUAUGUUCUUACGUUUGUGAGAAACGUCAUUACACAUCAUUACACUUCAAACCCACAUGUACAUAUUGUUACAUGUGUAUCCAUGUCUGUGUUUUACCUACACAUACCUAAGAAAGUACCACACAACAGUGCCUGACUGAGUGACGUUCAUUUUCAGACCCACUGCCCAGUUCAUCUCUUUACUAGAGUGAUAUUUACCAUUGGUUUUAGCUGGUAACAAAUGUCUUUGUCUUUUUAACCUAUAAAGUAAGCCCUUAUGGUGGUCGUUGCUGUUGCUAAGCUACCCGGCAGACCGCUGCAGUAGAAAUCAUGCCUUACGUUUUUAGAAUGUUAGCCAUGUGUCUCAGUGUUCCAUUUUAUAUGUCUCCAAACCGAAGUGUUAUGACACACUGCCUACAGUGAAGGUGCUAAAAAGGUGGAGUGGAAGAAAAAAAGGGAAGAGAUACUGGAGACAAGAAAUUAUUAGAAAGGAAAGAGGGUUUAGGAAUGGAUGGAAAGGGAGAAGAGGAAAGAGUGUUAUUUACCUGUCUUGAACAUAAUGUAUGUGACAUACCUGUACCUCUCGUUGCAUUUAGAUAUCUCAGGUUUGAUCCGAAGCCUAUGUCCGUUUUUUGUCAAAGGGAAUGGUUUAUUUUUAACUCAACUGUUUGUUAUACUGUUAUGGGUGUUUUCUUGUGGUUGUAUGAAGAAGGGGAUUGCCUCUGGGACUAUAGUGAAAGUACUCUAAGUUACRUUGUGAAGUAAGAUUGAAAGCAUUGCACAAAGAUUAAAAAUGUAACUAGAAAUGAGACUGUCAGGUAUGAGGGAUUGCUAUAGCUUGUAAAAUAUUUGUAAAAUUGUUGACAUUGCAGUAUUAUGUGCGUCUUCUUGGUUUAUGUUCUGCUUCUAAGGGAAUUUAUAUUUUUCUCCACUAACAGGAGUAAAGGUUUAGUGGACUAAUUUGGUGGGGGGGAUACAUCCCAUGGCUAUGGAUGAAAAUGAAAGAUUUUUUUUCAAUA